GGCGCGCUCAUCAUCAUAUGAGAAAACUAUUGCCGUUGUCUUUGGACAACUCCACGAUGGGAACUGGAUUGGAUAAAAAGGUAUGACAGCCGCACAAUGGGAUGAACUCGCGAUGGACUCGGCAACCAAUUGCAACCACAAACCACACAUUCCUCGCGACGACCAGAGUUAUUAGACUUGUCUCUAGUUAUUAGACAUCUUGACCCAAACGAAGCCAUCACGAUGAGACCGUCCGCCCUCCCCACCAUCCUCUCCUGCGCAGCCGUCGCGUCCGCCGUCGCAGUCACCAACGACACCUCGCCCGCGCCGAGCAUCCCCAACGUCGUCCAGUCCACCUGGGACGGAAACUGCUUCUACCCUACCCCCGACGCCGCCUUUGACCUCGAGUCCUACCUCGGCCGUUGGUACCAGGUCGCCGGCACUGUUGCGCCCUUCACCGCCGGCUGCCGGUGCAUCUUUGCACAGUACUCUCUGAACGACAACGGCACUGUCAAGGUCAACAACACCUGCGAGGCCGGGGGCCGCGCUAUCAAUAUCCUGGGCACCGCCGCGCCCGCCGAUCCGUCAUACGGGGCCAAGGGCGUCCUUCGCGUACAGUUCCCCGGCCAGCCCGGGCCCGACUGCGCCGGUCCGAAUUAUAUUGUCCAAGACUACACCCCAGACUUUGCGCUCGUGCAAGCCAGCAACUUUACGACGCUGUUCGUGCUCAGUCGCCAGCGAAACCCGGAAGACGCCGUUCUCGAUGCCUGGAUCGCACGCGCUGGCCAGCUCGGCUCGAACCUCGCAGACGUUGUCAAGACGGAUCAGACCGGUUGCCAAUUCGCAUGAGACAUGGGGAAUGC